AUGGCUGUAAAGCUUAAAUUCUGCUAUACCAAUAACAUAGCUGAGUACGAGGCCUGCAUCCUAGGCCUCAGGAUGGCACUAGAGAUGAACAUCAAUGAAUUACUGGUCAUAAGAGACUCCAACUUUCUGAUCCAUCAAGUGCAGGGCGAAUGGGCCACUAAGAAUGAAAAAAUCUUGCCAUAUGUGAACUUGGCACGGAGGUUGUGUAAGAAGUUCAAAAAGAUUGAGUACCGGUAUAUCCCAAGAGCUCAGAUAGAGUUUGCCGAUGCAUUGGCCAUGAUAGCAUCAAUGAUCCGGUACCUCGAAAGCAUUCAUAUUGACCCACCAGAGAUAAGCUUGAAAGAAGAGCAUGCCUACUAUUCCCACGUGGAAGGAGAGCCGGAUGGUAAACCAUGGUACGAUGGCAUUAAGAUGUAUCUGGAGAAGUGGGAAUAUCACGAAGGCAUCACAACUGGGCAAAAGAAAACCAUUAGAAGGAUGGCCAAUGAUUUCUUCCUAAACAAGGAAGUACUAUACAAAAGGGCACCGGAUUUGGGUUUGUACUGUGCAAAAGGACACCGGAUUUGGGUUUAUUCUGAUGUGUGGACGCCAUUGAAGCCACGAAAGUCUUGA